AUGAUGUAUAGAUGAUGAUAUAGAGCUUGAGUUGAUUACGAUAUAUUUGAUGAACAAACAGGUACAGCUCAACAGUUGUAAGCAGACGGUGAUAAUGGCCCCACGCUGUUGUGAGAUGUAAGUGAUGGAUAGUCCUGCUCACCAGCAGAGCCGCGUGAACCGCGAUGUUGUGCAAUCUCGAGCACUAACAUACCGUAGGCAGGACCAGGUCCAUAGAAGUCGUGACAAGGAACAUUCUGUGGAAUUGAUGACACAAGAGAAAGAAGUCACGAGACUCCCCAACGCGCAAAGAGCUGUACUCGAAGGCCUUCGCUCACAGGAGCAACAACUCCAAGUCGUCAAAACACGAGCCGAAGACACUGGCGACAUCGACGACAUAGAAAAAGCUGAAGAUGAUCUCCGAGAUGUCUCUCGAGCUCGCAUAGCCAUAAGCCAAUUCGCGACCGUCACAGGACAUUGGCAAAGUCGUUAUCUCUGAUCUCGGAUACGGUGCUGUAGGUAUAUGCAAUGUCGAAGAGAUAGAUACUGUCAAGCAAAAGAUAGGCGACGUGAGCGUCGGCAGCGGAGGCACAGGAUUCAUCGGCAUUCAUGGAAAUGUCGACCACAAUGCUGCUCUGGCCGGUCGCUGGAUUUCCGGAAACGAGUCAUAGGUUGCAGAGAUUGACUGGGCGAAAGCGACAAGAUUGUAUCCAUCGUGUUGACGAAGUCGGAGGAAACCAUUUGAGAGAGAGGCCUUUUUCAGCGUGUGAUCAUCGGUCGGAGAUUGGAUGCUUGAAGGUUUGCGACCGCAAUCUCAGUGACAGAGGAGGGGCCUGUCAUUGUAGCCGAUCUGUUGCGAUGUACGAGCG